CUUUCUGCCAAUCGCCCAUAGCACCCAGCCGCUUGGCCUCCCUGGUACUCGCUCUCCCUCAGUGCUCUGGCUCCUGCUUCCCUCGCCAGCGCGCUCCAAUCCCCUGCACGCGGAGCUUCUCCUCUGCCAGUGCUCCUCCAUGUGUGCACGGUCCAUCGCUCUCGCGUCGCUCGGUCUGCGCGUCCCUGCGUCCGGAUCCUCUCCCUCCAGCUCGGCGCCCAUCCAUGCUGCGUCGCCCUCUCUCUCAUCUCCAAGCCGAGACCCUCGCCGUGAAGCUUCCAUGUGGCCGCGCGUACUCCCUCUGCUUCUCCCUCGUGGCGCUCAACCUUGCCGAGCUUCCUUGCCAUGGCUCUUCCACAGCCCGGCUCUGCCCCAUCGUCGAUCGCCCAUCUCCAUGGUCGCGCGCCCUCCAGUUCUAUGGCCGUGCCGCGCGUCCUGGAGCUCACCGCGCCCGGCCAAGCUCCCCUGUGCACGCCCAGCCACUCCUCUCUCCCUUGCAGCGCGCGUCCCUCUGCUUGCCAAAGCACCAGCUCGGUCGCUCCGUUCGUGCUUCCGCGGAGGCCGCAGCUCUUCCUCUGGUGCGCGCGCCCCAUCUCCCUGGUGCUCGGCCAGCUCACCCAUGGCGCGCCGUGCUCCUCUGCUCUCCCCGCCGGCCCGAGCUCCCUAUGGCGUGCAUCUCCCUGGCAAAAGCUCUCUCUUCCCUCUCCCAUGGCGCGUCUCGAGCUCCACCUCGGGUCGUCGUCUCCGAGCUCGACCCCAAACUGUUGUGCGUCCUAUCCUAUCUCCGAGUCGAGGUUCCUGAAAGUCGCCUAUAGAGGGUGAAUAGGGUGAAUCUGAAAUUUACAAACUUAAGCACAAACUACAAGCCAGGUUAGCGUUAGAAAUAGAAACGAGUCCGAUAGAGAGGGCGCAAAACAAAUCGUGAGCGAAUAAAGAGCGAGACACGAUGAUUUGUUUUACCGAGGUUCGAUUUUUGUAAACCUAAUCCCCGUUGAGGUGGUCACAAAAACUGGAUCUCUUUCAACC